UAAAAACUUUAAAAUAUUUAAAAUAUUUAAUUUAAAAAAUGGAUCCAUCUUUAAUGAAAGAUUUAAAUGCUUUUAAAAAAAGAAGUCUUAAUCAACCUGCAGUUGAAUCUAAAAAGCAAGUUUUAAAUACAGCAAUCAUAGAAUCAGUUCGAAAGCCAAAGAAGCGGCGUCGACCUGAACUUCCUCCACAGUUAUUGCAGCAAUCAAAAAAACAGGCUGCAAAUCAAGCUUUUAACUAUAAAACUCAUACUCAGAUAAGAACAAAAAGUCGUUUUUCAAUUUUAUCAAGUAUUGUUGAUUUAGUGAAAAAUCGCUAUCAAAACAAAGAAUUUGAGCCACUGACUUUAGAUGAAUUAUUAGAUCUUACAAAAAACACUGAUAUCAAGUCCUAUGAUAAAGAGUGGUUAGCAGAUGAAUCAUUAAAAAAUAAUCCUAAAAUUUUGUUUAAAGAUGAUAAGUAUUCUUUCAAACCUAAAUAUGCCUUACGUGACAAAAAAUCUCUUAUUCGCUUGCUCGAAAAGCAUGAUCAAUCUGGGUUAGGUGGGGUUUUAUUGGAUGAUGUUCGGGAAGGUUUACCAAAUGCUGAUGAAAUCGUCAAGUCGAUAAGUGAUAAGAUCAUGUUUGUUACACGUAGUAAUGACAAGAAAGCCAUUCUCUUUUAUUAUGAUUCUAGCUAUGCUGUUCAUGUAGAUGAGGAAAAUCAAAAACAUUGGAGGAGUGUAGCAGUUGAGGGAUUAGCAGAGCCAGACAUCGAAAAAUACCUUAGCAAUUGUGGAAUAAGUACUAUGACAGGGGUUUCCUCUGCAUUACAAAAGCGCCCAGAAAAGCGCAAAGGGGGUAAAAGAAAGAAAAACAUGAGAUUAUUAAACUCCCACUUGGUUGGUGAUGUUUUAAAAGAUUAUUCAGAGCCAUCAAAAUAGGUUUUAGUGUAAAAGUCAAUAUUAUCAGCUUACUAUUAUUUUUAAGA